UAUUAACUGACGUGUCAUAAUAUAAGAAGCAAGAUUAUAAACAGAUAAAAUUGAAAAAGUUUUCUUUAGUUUCAUUCAUUCUGAAUGAAAAUAAAAGAAGUGCAAUGAAGUUACUAGUCUUGAGUGCAAUUUUGUCGAUAUUCUUAUCAUUAUUCCUUUUAUCAGAUGGACAAACUCGUAAAAAUGGUUUGUCACUCGCAGAGCGAGUACAACAAUUAACAGAGAUGACGAGUAAGAAAGCCGUCUUACGUUUCAAUGGAAAUAAAUAUCGAGAUUUUGUUAAAGGUGCACCAAGAAACUAUUCUGUGGUGAUUAUGUUUACAGCAAUGGCACCUAGUCGACAAUGUCAAAUAUGCAGACAUGCGAGUGAUGAAUUUACAAUUGUGGCAAAUUCUUUUCGAUAUUCACAAACAUAUUCGAAUAAAUUAUUCUUUGCAGUUGUAGAUUUUGAUGAUGGAUCUGACGUAUUUUUGACGUUAAAAAUAAACACGGCACCAGUAUUUAUUCAUUUUCCACCAAAAGGUAAACCAAAGGUACAUGAUACGAUGGAUAUCCAACGUUUUGGAUUCUCUGCUGAUGCAAUAGCAAAAUGGAUCAAUGAACGUACAGAUAUACAAAUACGUGUAUUCCGUCCACCAAAUUAUUCUGGAACAGUUGCAUUGUUAAUGUUAUUUGCAAUGGUUGGAGGAUUUUUAUAUUUGAGACGCAAUAAUUUAGAAUUUUUAUACAACAAACGAUUAUGGGGUACUGGCGCAGUAUGUUUUUGUUUUAUGAUGGUAUCAGGACAAAUGUGGAAUCAUAUCCGUGGACCACCAUUUGUACAUAAAACACCAAAUGGUGCAAUUGCUUAUAUUCAUGGUUCAGCACAAGGUCAAUUUGUUUUGGAAACGUAUAUAGUUAUGGUUUUAAAUGCUGCCAUUGUAUUAGGAAUGAUAUUAAUGACUGAGGCUGCUCAACCUAAAGGUGAUGUGAGAAAACGACGUAUAUUUGCUAUUAUUGGAUUGAUAUUGGUUUCAGUAUUUUUCUCAUUAAUUUUAUCUGUGUUCCGUUCAAAAGCACAAGGGUAUCCUUAUAGCUUCUUAUUUAAGUAAAAUUAUUCCACAACAAUAUCAGAAGAGAAGAGAAUAAAGUAAUUUAUUUGAAUAAAGUAAAUAAUUGUUUCUUGUUUUUGUUUUGUACUUGUACAAUUAAUAAAAUAAAUAAAAACUAAAUUAGUUUUUUUGGUUGUUAUAAA